CCAGGACCAGCUCCUCUCCCAGCCCAGCAGGGCUGAGGGCUCUGCCUGCAGGCACUGAGGGGAGAGGAGCCAGGCAGAGACAGGCUGAAGGCAAUCAGGAUUGGGAAGACACUGUGCUGAGACUUCACCUGGGGAAAGAUCUCCACAGCCCUCUACAUGUGCAAUCACUCUGAAAUAGAGGGAGGUGUGAUGACCAAAGGACACCUGUAUGCGAUGCAGCAGGUCUGACUGCACUGGGGCGCAGGGACCCCUGUUUUCCCUCUGGUCUCCCCAGUGUUCAACUGAGAGCAAUGCUGAAGAGGAAAAAGCAACUCAACAACACAAACUCAAACUGAAAAAUCUUUAGGAAAGAACCCUCACAUGAAGAGAAGUAAUUUCGAUGGGAUUCCAAAUAAAAUACAUAGGACUGACUCAAAGAAGUUUUUCUCAGCUUGUCAAUGUCUUCUUUCAAAAGUGCACGAUGCCCAGAGUAAAGAAAUGUCCAACAGCAGCUCCAUCAGCCACUUCCUCCUGCUGGCAUUGGCAGACACGCGGCAGCUGCAGCUCCUGCACUUCUGCCUCUUCCUCGGCAUCUCCCUGGCUGCCCUCCUGGGCAACGGCCUCAUCAUCAGCGCCGUAGCCUGCGGCCACCACCUGCACACGCCCAUGUUCUUCUUCCUGCUCAACCUGGCCCUCAGCGACCUGGGCUCCAUCUGCACCACUGUCCCCAAAGCCAUGCACAAUUCCCUCUGGGACACCAGGGACAUCUCCUACUCAGGAUGUGCUGCACAGUUAUUUAUGCUUGUCUUCUUCCUUGGAGCAGAGUUUUCCCUCCUGACCAUCAUGUGCUACGAUCGCUACGUGUCCAUCUGCAAACCCCUGCACUACGGGACCCUCCUGGGCAGCAGAGCUUGUGCCCACAUGGCAGCAGCUGCCUGGGCCAGUGGCCUUCUCAAUGCUCUGCUGCUCACGGCCAAUACAUUUUCCCUGCCCCUGUGCCAUGGCAAUGCCCUGGGCCAGUUCUUCUGUGAAAUCCCACACAUCCUCAAGCUCUCCUGCUCGCACUCCAGCCUCAGAAAACUGGGGGUUCUUGCUGUUAGUGCCUGUUUAGCUUUUGGCUGUUUAUUCUUCAUGGUUUUCUCCUAUGUGCAGAUCUUCAGGGCUGUGCUGAGGAUCUCCUCUGAGCAGGGACGGCACAAAGCCUUUUCCACCUGUCUCCCUCACCUGGCCGUGGUCUCCCUGUUCCUCAGCACUGGCACAUUUGCCCACCUGAAGCCGCCCUCCAUCUCCUCCCCAUCCCUGGACCUAGCCCUGUCAGUUCUGUACUCGGUGGUGCCUCCAGCCCUGAACCCCCUCAUCUACAGCCUGAGGAACCAGGAGCUCAAGGCUGCAGUGGGGAGACUGAUGAACCACCUUGUCUCCCUGAGCCUCCUCUUCUCCAGGAUAAACAUCCCCAGCUCCCUCAGCUUCUCCUCACAGGACUUGUGUUCCACACCCCUCACCAGCCUUGUUGCCCUUCUCUGGACACGCUCCAGCCCCUACAUGGCCUUCCUAAAUUGGGGGGCCCAGAACUGGACACAGCACUCGAGGUGUGGCCUCACCAGUGCCGAGCACAGGGGAAGAAUCACUGCCCUGCUCCUGCUGGCCACACCAUUCCUGAGCCAGGCCAGGAGC